AUGAAGAGUAACGGCCUGCAGAGCUCGCCGGCCAACCACCACCCGCGUUUGCCCGCCCGAGCCGGGGAGGACACCGAGGGGACGGCGCUCAGCACCCGGAGGGCCCGCUCUCCCCACGAUGACGUCUCUUUGGAGCCACAGGGAGAUGGUCCUCCGGAUGGUGGAGAGCAGCCGGCUGCCCCCGCUUUCCAAGGGCGGCAAGCCCUGGCCAGGAUAGUCCGCCUGGUGCUAGUGCUGAGAGACUGGGCCAACAAAAGCUUGCACGAGGAGCAGCAAAGGCCUGACCCCUUUCUCGAGCGUUUCCAGGGCCCCGAGCUCCAGACGGUGGCUGCGGACGUCAGCGACGAUCCAGAGGGCGAGGAGACAGAGGCGAAAAACAAAAAGAAGAAAUGGCAGAUCUUUGUGGUGGACCCUGCGGGGGACUGGUAUUACCGUUGGCUGGCUGUCAUUGCAGUUCCUGUCCUCUAUAACUGGUGCUUGCUUGUGGCCAGGGCUUGUUUCAGUGACCUACAAAAGACUUAUGUUGUCCUCUGGCUGGUAUUAGACUACAUCUCAGACUGUAUCUAUAUUGGGGACAUGGUGAUCCGCCUGCGCACAGGUUUCUUGGAACAGGGCCUUCUGGUUAAGGACCUGAAGAAAUUACGGGAUAGCUACAUCCACACCUUACAGUUCAAGCUCGAUGUUUUCUCCAUCCUGCCAACAGACCUGGUGUACUUUGCUGUGGGAUUGCACCGCCCUGAAUUGCGUUUCAACAGGCUGCUGCACUUCUCCCGCAUGUUUGAGUUCUUUGAUAGGACUGAGACCAGAACCAGCUACCCCAACAUCUUUCGGAUCAGCAACUUGGUUCUUUACAUCCUGGUCAUCAUCCACUGGAAUGCAUGCAUUUACUAUGCCAUCUCCAAAGCCAUAGGCUUUGGAGAGGACACCUGGGUUUAUCCUAAUGUCACAGACCCUGAAUAUGGAUAUCUCACCAGGGAGUACGUCUACUGUCUCUACUGGUCUACACUGACUUUAACUACCAUUGGAGAGACCCCUCCUCCUGUGCGUGAUGAAGAGUAUCUCUUUGUGAUCUUUGAUUUCCUCAUUGGCGUCCUCAUCUUUGCCACCAUUGUGGGGAACGUGGGAUCCAUGAUAUCCAAUAUGAAUGCCACCAGGGCAGAGUUCCAGGCAAAAAUUGAUGCCAUCAAACACUAUAUGCAGUUCCGCAAGGUGAGCAAAGACAUGGAAACCAAAGUCAUCAAGUGGUUUGACUACAUGUGGACCAACAAGAAGGCGGUAGAUGAACGGGAAGUCCUGAAGAAUCUCCCUGACAAGUUAAGGGCAGAGAUUGCCAUCAAUGUUCAUCUGGAGACACUGAAGAAGGUGAGGAUCUUCCAGGACUGUGAAGCAGGUCUACUGGUGGAGCUGGUGCUGAAGCUUCGCCCUCAGGUAUUCAGCCCAGGGGAUUACGUUUGCCGGAAAGGAGACAUCGGGAAAGAGAUGUACAUCAUCAAGGAGGGGAAGCUGGCUGUGGUGGCAGAUGAUGGAACAACACAAUAUGCUUUGCUCACUGCAGGAGGCUGCUUUGGUGAGAUCAGCAUCCUCAAUAUUAAAGGAAGCAAAAUGGGCAACAGGCGUACUGCCAACAUUCGUAGCUUGGGCUACUCUGAUCUCUUCUGCCUGUCGAAGGAAGACCUGAUGGAAGCAGUCACAGAGUAUCCUGAUGCCAAAAAAGUCCUGGAGGAGCGUGGCCGGGAGAUCCUGACCAAGGAAGGGCUGCUGGAUGAGUCGGCCGCAGAGGAAAGCAUGGAAGGGAAGAACGUAGAGGAGAAGCUGGACACGUUAGCCUUGAACCUGGACACGCUGCAGACCCGUUUUGGCCGGCUUCUGAUGGAGUACAAUGCUGCCCAGAUGAAGCUCAAGCAGCGCAUCACCGUUCUGGAGUCCAAGAUGAGGCAACAAGAUCUGGAGGACUUCUUCUCCGAUAGCUCAGACAGCCUGUCUGAGGAUGGGGAGGGACAUUCUGGUGGGAUGCAAUGAGGGGACAGACAGGUCAGCUAAAUGAUGUCCUGCCUUGUACUGAGACAGUGUAUGUUUUUCACAGGGCAGCUCCUUUGGCUGCUUUGCCUGGGAUUUCUCUCAAGCCCUUAGCAUUGCUGUUGCUACUGCCUUCGUGCAGCUCGACAUGGCUCCAAAUCAGGUGACUGUCUUCCCUCUCCCUCAGGCCUGUCUCUUUGACUGCCUUGAUCUGAGAUCUUGGGCUUGGAUCAAAAAGAGGAGAAUGGCUUAUGCCACUGCUAAUGUUUCCUUCCAGGUUCUGCAAAAGGUCUCUGCUCAUCACACCUCCUUCUUUCCCUUUGCCUUAAUACAAGGUGGGACAUGAUCAUCCACAGCCUUGCAUGGAGGGAUGCCUGGACGUGCUGACCUCCCAUGUGCGCUGAAGAGGCACAGAGCCACAGUGGACAGAGCCUGCCGCGUGCCGCCUCCCUUUUCACAGUGGGGCCGAGGAGGAAGAUGGCCUUUAGAAGAUGCCAGAUUCCUAGCAGAUAACAAAACUAUCAGGCCAGAUAUUUACAAAUGCUUUUUGGGUCUGGCUUUUGUAAAUCACACCACAGUAGGUAAAUAUCCACUCUGCACUGAGUGACUCCAUGCCUGGGGGCCAUGUAAACUCAGCUAAGCAAGCUGAGUCUGGGUCUCUCAUGUCUGUAAAUGGGGAGGCUUGUCUGGGUCACUGUCACUACAUAGGUCAUCUCCACAAUGUUGCAGAAGUUGGGCAUCUUGCUUGAAGGAUAGGCAGUUGCUGCCUUCCCACCAUCCCUCUUUUCCCCUUCUGCUGUAUUUGCUGCUUGAGCUACUGGGUUCCUGGUGCAGGUGGCCCCUCAGUGUGGCAUUUUCCUGAAGGAUGGUGUUUCCAAGCCCUCCUGCUCUCCUGCUGAGGAGACAGCAUGAAUUUCAUUUUGGCUAUGGAAGUCUUAGAUGACAAGUACAAUACAGCAGGAAAAAAUGCUGCUCUUUGGACUGACAGUGCCUGUUACGCUAUGUACAGAGGGAAGACAGUAACUGUCUCUCUCAUCUCUCUAAUGAUGGCUAGAGCUGCCAGGAAAAGCUUGACUGAAAUGACACAUUUUAAAGGAA